AUGGAGGUGGAGGCCGGCUCUCAUGGGGACACGGGGACGGCAGCAGCGAGCAAGUUCACGCUUCCAGUGGACUCGGAGAACAAGGCCAAGUCGUUCCGCCUCUUCUCCUUUGCCAACCCGCACAUGCGGACCUUCCACCUCUCGUGGAUUUCCUUCUUCACGUGCUUCGUCUCCACCUUCGCCGCUGCACCAUUGGUGCCCAUCAUCCGCGACAACCUCAACCUUGCCAAGGCUGAUAUCGGCAACGCUGGUGUAGCGUCCGUGUCCGGCUCAAUCUUCUCCAGGCUUGUCAUGGGUGCUGUAUGCGACCUUCUAGGGCCACGCUAUGGUUGUGCCUUCCUCGUCAUGCUCGCCGCGCCAACCGUUUUCUGCAUGUCACUCAUCGACGAUGCAGCAGGGUAUAUCACGGUCCGCUUCCUAAUUGGCUUCUCCCUCGCCACAUUCGUGUCGUGCCAGUAUUGGAUGAGCACCAUGUUCAACAGCAAGAUAAUCGGCACCGUCAACGGGCUGGCGGCGGGGUGGGGCAACAUGGGUGGCGGUGCCACGCAACUCAUCAUGCCCCUCGUCUUCCACGCCAUCAAGAAGUGUGGCGCCACAGCCUUUGUGGCAUGGCGCAUCGCAUACUUUGUGCCAGGGAUGAUGCACAUCGUCAUGGGUCUGCUUGUGCUCACAAUGGGGCAAGAUCUUCCCGACGGCAACCUUGGGAGCCUCCAAAAGAAAGGAGAAAUGAAGAAAGACAAAUUUUCCAAGGUCUUAUGGGGUGCUGUGACAAACUACCGGACAUGGAUCUUCGUCCUCCUCUAUGGCUACAGCAUGGGCGUCGAGCUCACCACCGACAAUGUCAUCGCUGAGUACUACUUCGACCACUUCCACCUAGACCUCAGCACCGCUGGCACCAUCGCAGCCUGCUUUGGCAUGGCCAACAUUAUUGCUCGCCCCGCGGGUGGCUAUCUCUCCGACCUCCUUGCCCGCUACUUUGGUAUGCGUGGCCGCAUUUGGAACAUCUGGAUCCUCCAAACCGCUGGUGGCGCUUUCUGCCUUUGGCUCGGUCGCGCCUCUGCUCUUCCAGCCUCUGUCACUGCCAUGGUCCUCUUCUCCAUUUGUGCCCAAGCUGCUUGUGGUGCCAUCUUUGGUGUCGCCCCUUUCGUCUCCCGACGGUCACUUGGUAUCAUCUCUGGAAUGACAGGUGCUGGUGGCAAUUUUGGCGCAGGGCUCACGCAACUACUUUUCUUCACGUCCUCACAGUACACAACCGGUACUGGGCUGCAAUAUAUGGGCAUCAUGAUCAUGUGUUGCACGCUUCCCGUCACACUCGUGCACUUCCCACAGUGGGGUUCCAUGUUCUUCCCGGCCAACGCCAACGCCACCGAGGAAGAUUACUACGGUUCCGAGUGGACCGAUGAGGAGAAGAAGAAUGGUCUCCACCUUGCUGGGCAAAAGUUCGCCGAGAACUCCCGGUCGGAACGAGGCAGGCGUAAUGUCAUCCUUGCCACGUCGGCCACACCACCAAACAACACUCCUCAGCAUGUAUAA